CCGUAGGACCACCCUACACAUUAAAUUCAGGAAUGGUGAUGCGUCCUUCCUCCACAAACUUAUUGUAAAUUUGUAGUAAUAGUGACGCAAUACACCACAAAAAAAAAAAAAAAAAAUCACUCUCCCCCUCUCUUUCGUUAGUCAAAAUCCACACACAAAAAAACGCACUAAAACAUUUACACCAACACAUUCCCCCAUUAACCAAAGCCCCCCCUCAUAAAGGGAGUAGAAAUAAAUAAAAGCACCAAUUCCACCUUUUGUUAAUUGCCCCCUGCACCUCAUCAUCAUGAUCCACCACCACCACCACCAUCAUAUAGCUCCUGCUCCCUCACCGGUGCCGUCACACCUGAAUGAUUCUCAAAAAGCUCCUUCACCUUCAUUGAAUCAUCCGUUUCAUCAUUCAUCCACAUUUCAACCUGCAACCACUUCAUCAACAUCCACGUCAGCAUCAGAUUUAUCAACUACUCCACCGCCGGCUAAGUUACCGGUUGAUUUCAGUCCUCCUUUGAUUGCGAUGGUUGUUAUUAUUGCUACUGCUUUUGUUAUCAUUACUUACUCGCGGCUACUCUCUCGCCAUCUGCUCCGUUUACACGGCCGUUAUAGACUGUGGCGCCGCCGUCGCCGACGUUACGUUCCCUCGUCAUCUGCGGGUGAUAUUGAGUCGCCUCCGUAUCCGUUUGAUCCGACUGGUGCUUUCCAUGUGUUAUCUCCUUACGGAUUGGAUGAUUCAGUGAUCAAAACGAUUCCUCUUUCUGUCUACACUCGGAAAAGCGGCGUUCAUGAUUGUGCGGUUUGCUUACUGGAAUUCGAAGAGAACGACUAUAUGCGUACUCUUCCGGUUUGUUCACAUGCCUUUCAUGUGGACUGUAUUGAUAUAUGGCUUAAAUCACACGCGAAUUGCCCUUUGUGUCGUGCUGGAAUAUUCCGUCCAGAGUCGCCGUUUACUCCGUUGAUGGCAGCAAGGAUUCGCCCAAGUUUCGAUGAUAUGAUGUUGGAGAGCACAAUUCUAGAGCCUUUGGAUGAAAUUCAGCCAGAAUCCGAUACAACGACGGUGUCAGAGAUCACACAGGAACCGUCGCCAAGGAGGAACAUCCAAUCAGAGGAGAGAUUUAACAGACGUGAUAUUUUUCUAAAACGUUCUUACUCCUUCGGAUUCGAGAGGAAUUUGGGAUCAGAGAGAUUAAUGCUCGAACCAGCAACAGCUUCACCAUGGCGGUACCGCAGAGCAAUAGGAUCGGGAAGCUUCUGGAGCAAAAGGCCUUCACCGUUCAGCUCUUUAACAAAGCCAAGAGUAUUCUCCUUCCGCUAUUACAGAGGGAUGAAAUCACCCUUCUUCCGGCGAACUAGAGGUGGAUUUUUCCCUUUAUCGGAAUCAAGCGCGAGAUACAGUACCGGCGGAGGUGGAAGCUCGUCAAGAAGAAGCAAAUCAUUCGCAAGUCCGAUGUUCAUGAGAACAUCGGGGGUUGGUGGUGGUGGAGGUGUAUACUCAUCUAGCCGUCUUAGGAGCGGUGAUCCAGAAGCCUUACUGUCACCGGACAGAUAUCACAGACGGUGAAGAUGGAUGAACAGGUGAUUUUUGGGGAAACGACAACCGUCCGAUCAAUGAUAGUUAUGGCGGACGAUGACCGAGGAGGCGCGCGGGGUGAUGGGGUCAGUGACAUUAAUGGUUGGGGGAGAGUUACAUUGGGAAGAAGAAGAGGAAAUUAAUGCGAUGCCUGCUGGUCUGUGGAGGUCAUUUAAUACAGAGAGAGAGGGGGGCUAUUGGUUAAGUGUUGAAAUAGUGAGAUAAAGAAAAAGCAAAUGCGUGCAUUUAUUGGGAAAUUUUGACUAUUAGUAUUUUCGAAGAGUUACUAUUGGAGCUUAUCCAAAAAAAGGUUACUCACGGAAUGGACCUAAUUAAACUUAACUUUUUUCCAUUGGAUGAUACUGCAGCAAGCACUUUUGUUUUUUAAUUUGAUACAUGAUAAAUUCAAGAUUUAAGUUGGCAGUACAAAAAUAGAAUUUUGGUUUAUUCAUUGUUUUGUUGCUAACCCGUUUUCCAUGCGUCAGUCAAGUGCUUAGUGAAUUUUAUGGGUUGCGUAAAUUUGAAUCUUUUAGAUGAAGAUGACAUGUGGUAGGCAAAAUGCAGUAAGAAAAUAAAGAGAUGACA